AUGAGAUUCGCUCCAGAAUUGCCAGCAGUCUUGGCCUUAAAGACCUCACAAUCUGUCGAGAGAAACAAGCACCUUAUAAGACGUCUAGAGAUUCAGAACUCUGCCUAUGAAAAAGACCUAUCAUCAACAUUUGCACGAGACAAAGUCAUUGGUAGCGUCCUGGCCAACUCGAAUCUGACUACUUUGAUCACGGAUAGGAACUCGAUUGGAGAGAGCGAAGUUCAGGCGCUGUCCGAGGCACUCAAGACCAACUCGACUCUCACCACUUUGGGCUUAAAGUACAAUUCAAUCGGAGACAACGGAGCUGCGGCGCUGUCUGAAGCACUCAAGACCAACUCGACUCUCACCACUUUGGGCUUGAAUGGCAACUCGAUCGGACCCAACGGAGCUGUUGCGCUGUCUGUGGCACUCAAGACGAACUCGACUCUGACCGAUAUGGGUGCGACUCUCCAUGACUUGUUAAGAAUGGCGAACUGA